CCCCCUUCGCCGGGGUGAAAGGUCAGACGAGCUUUGGUCUGCAGGGGCGGCCAUGGCGGGCUUCUGGACUGGGGCGGCGGCGCUGGCCACCGCGGGACGGCGAGGACGGCGGUGGCCGCAGCCUUUGAUGCGGAGCGUGGUGCUGUGGACCAUGAAGCAUGUUCCACAUUAUUCAAGACGGUACUUAGUGGUGUCUCGUACUCUCUGUUCAGCUGGAUAUGAUUCUAAUGAAAAAACUUUUGAUAAAAUUCUUAUUGCUAAUAGAGGAGAAAUUGCGUGUCGGGUUAUUAAAACUUGCAAGAAGAUGGGCAUCAAGACGGUUGCCAUCCACAGUGAUGUUGAUGCUAGUUCUGUUCACGUGAAGAUGGCGGACGAGGCCGUCUGCGUCGGCCCAGCCCCCACCAGUAAGAGCUACCUCAACGUGGGCGCCAUCGUGGGCGCCGCCAGGAGCACCGGGGCCCAGGCUGUACAUCCAGGUUAUGGAUUUCUCUCAGAAAACAAAGAAUUUGCCAAACGUUUGGCAGCAGAAGAUGUCAUUUUCAUUGGACCUGAUACACAUGCUAUUCAAGCCAUGGGUGACAAGAUUGAAAGCAAAUUAUUAGCUAAGAAAGCAAAGGUUAACACAAUCCCUGGCUUUGAUGGAGUGGUCAAGGAUGCAGAUGAAGCUGUCAGAAUUGCAAGGGAAAUUGGCUACCCUGUCAUGAUCAAGGCCUCAGCAGGCGGUGGUGGGAAGGGCAUGCGGAUCGCUUGGGAUGAUGAAGAGACCAGGGAUGGUUUUCGAUUUUCAUCUCAAGAAGCUGCUUCUAGUUUUGGUGAUGAUAGGCUACUAAUAGAAAAAUUUAUUGAUAACCCCCGUCAUAUAGAAAUCCAGGUUUUAGGUGAUAAACAUGGGAAUGCCUUGUGGCUCAAUGAAAGAGAGUGCUCAAUUCAGAGAAGAAAUCAGAAAGUGGUGGAGGAAGCACCAAGCAUUUUUCUAGAUUCUGAGACGCGAAGAGCAAUGGGAGAACAAGCCGUAGCCCUUGCCAAAGCAGUGAAUUAUUCUUCUGCUGGAACCGUAGAAUUCCUUGUGGACUCAAAGAAGAAUUUUUAUUUCUUGGAAAUGAACACGAGACUCCAGGUUGAGCAUCCCGUCACAGAAUGCAUCACUGGCCUGGACCUGGUCCAAGAAAUGAUACGUGUUGCCAAGGGUUACCCUCUCAGGCACAAACAAGCUGAUAUUCCCAUCAACGGCUGGGCGGUCGAAUGUCGAGUUUAUGCCGAGGACCCCUACAAGUCUUUUGGUUUGCCGUCUGUUGGGAGAUUGUCUCAGUAUGAAGAACCAGUGCGUCUACCUGGUGUCCGAGUUGACAGCGGCAUUCAACCAGGAAGUGAUAUUAGCAUUUAUUAUGAUCCGAUGAUCUCGAAACUCAUCACGUAUGGUUCUGAUAGAACAGAAGCACUAAAGAGAAUGGAAGAUGCCCUGGAUAAUUAUGUUAUUCGAGGUGUUACACAUAAUAUCGCAUUGCUUCGAGAGGUGAUAAUCAACUCACGCUUUAUAGAAGGAGACAUCAACACUAAAUUUCUUUCUGAUGUAUAUCCAGAUGGCUUUAAAGGACACCAGUUAACAGAGACUGAGAGAAACCAGUUCCUGGCAGUAGCAUCAUCCUUGUUUGUGGCAUCCCAAUUAAGAGCACAGCAUUUUCAAGACCAUGAAAGUUCAAGAGUGCCUAUUGUAAAACCACAAGUGGCUAGCUGGGAGCUCUCAGUGAAACUGCAUGACGAAAUUCAUACUGUCGUAGUAUCCAGCAGUGGGCCAACAUUCUCCGUGGAAGUUGAUGGGUCGAAACUAAAUGUGACCAGCACGUGGAACCUGGCUUCACCCUUGUUGUCUGUCAACGUUGAUGGCGUUCAGAGGACGAUACAGUGUCUUUCUCGCGAAGCAGGGGGCAACAUGAGCAUUCAGUUUCUUGGCACAGUGUACAAGGUGCGUAUCCUCACCAAACUCGCCGCAGAGUUGAACAAAUUUAUGCUGGAAAAAGCUGCCGAGGACACAAGCAGCAUUCUGCGCUCCCCAAUGCCUGGCGUGGUGGUGGCCAUCUCUGUCAAGCCCGGGGACCUGGCCUGAAACUGAUAAUGUGAAGUUGGAAAACUGACCCAACAACUGCUUUACUUGAUGACACAGAAAUGGAAGUACCGGCUUUUAAAAGAGGUUUGGAGCUGGGGAUUGUUAGGUUUGAAAGGAAUGACAUCCCAAGAAGAAAGCCCUCUUUAGGAGUGUUAGGCUACCUAGCGUCAAGGAUUUGGGAGAGGUGAUGCGGAUUCAAGAUUGGGUUGAAUAUGGCGGUGGGGGUGGCCUUGUAUCGCUCCUUCUGAAGGCUUGGCCUUGACGUUGAGAAGGCCUAACCCAGUCCAGGAGCAGACCAGUCAGUGGAGCCUCAUGGCGACGAGGAGUGUAGGCUGGUAAACAAUGGGAGGGAGUUCUGCUUUGGUUGUUUUUAUUUUUUCAUUUUCCUCCUUAAGCUUUUUCUGGAAGCCACAGAGGCUGUAUACAGCCAUCCUGAGCUUGUCAGUUCUAAUUAUGGCUUUAAUUAUAAAACCACAUUUGCACUUAGGAAAAAAACAGUCAGUGUUUAACUGAAAUCCUUGGUUUUCUAACACCUGAAUCAGGGCCUUAGAGGAGGGAAGAGGAUGGGAAGGC